CGCGGGAUUGCGCCAAGUUUUGGUUAUGUUGAUGUUGAUAUUUUCAAACUUACAAAAAAUAUUUUUCUGAAUAUACUCAAAGAACUUUGCGAACUUUUACAAUCUUCGUCGAAUAUGGAAACGAACGACUCCGAAGAAGAUUCAGAAGGACUUGUGAUAGAAAUCUUGCCUCCAAAGAGAAAGUCUCCUCCGAGACCUACAAAAAAUGAGAUAAUGAUUAUAAAAAGCAUUGAAGAUGAACUACAACGAAGGCUCGAGGAAAAAGCUACAAAAAUAAAGCUCAAUGCAAGGAAUGUGAAAAAUAUCAUCAAGCAUGUUAUUACGAAUGAGCAUGUUUUGGCAAUGGUCAAAAAGGCGGAAAACCCGCACUUAUAUGACGUGCCUACUUACGAACCUAAACUCACCAGGGCCAAGGCAAGAGAACUUUUGACAAUUGUACCUCCACAACCUAUACCCUGGGUUAGCACAAAACCUGAUUCUGAAGUCCAGGCAUUGAUCUCUGAAGAGCUACCUGAAGAUUCUGACGAUGAUGAAUAUGUUCCAGGCCUGGAAGAUACAGGAGAGAGUGAGUCUGACAGGGAGAGCUCAAUCUUCAGUGAUCCUCCUUCAGUUCCUCCACUAACACCGGCUUCUCCCUCCCCAAGAAAGAAAAGGAAAGAAAAGAUCAGCUAUUCAGAAGAUGGUGUGUUUAAAAUACCCGAGAUCAAAACCAAAGAUAACGAGAAGGAAGGUGUUGAAGAUGAGGCUACAAUUGCUAAAAGGACAAGGUCCAAGUUAUGCUUGAGCGACACCCCUCUGGAACAAAUAGAGGAAGCCUUCGUACCACCGGAUAUUCCUCCUGACUUCUAUGACAUGGAGUGUGACCAUGAAAUUAACGAUGACUGGAUGGAUUUUUUGAAAACGUUCACUCGACCUUUGGAAGAGGUAGUAAAAGCUCCUGAAGAUGAAGAACAUGAUCCGGAAUAUAACAUUCUAGGGGAUGAGGAUAUUGAUAAGAUAGAUAAAGAGGAAUUACGGGAAGAAUUGAGGAUUGAUAAGGCUGUAAAAAUUACUAAAAAGGAAUUGAAUAGUUUGAUUGAUGAAUUGCUAGAAUAUUCUGACAUGUAUUGCAGUUUGGAAAUGAACAAACUUGAACAGUCGUUCAUUGCUGAGCACCCUGAAGAAUGUAGUGGGAUAAGAGAUACUGAAACCAGCACAAUUGUUGCUGAACAGACCUUAGAUGAAACUGAAGAGGCUGAGGAAUCAUUUAAAAUCAACAUUGACAUGGAUCUUAAUCAACUUGUAUUGCUACAGCAGCAAAUGAGGCAACACGUCCAGAUGUUAACUCAGAAUUUUAUCUUAACAUUUCACCAUCCCGAUUAAAUCUGAAACUGCUAGCUGGUGACAAAGAACGAUCACUCUAUAGUGCGAUGAAUUUGACAAAUGCUUUAAAAUUAGUUGAUUUCUGGGAAGCUCUUGUUUCAACACAAAAUGAGGCUGUGGUUAAAAUGAAAAAGCAUGUAAGUGCUACCUUAUCAAAAAUGAUUGAUUAUAAGCAAAUGGGCAACACGUAUAUACCAACCUUCCCUACUCUUAUAUUUGAAACGAUUUCUAAUAGUGAUGUAUUUAUUUAUCCGUCACUGUUACCUAAGAUACCUUUCAAAUCGGCAAAAAUGUUUAAGGGAAUUAUUCCUUUUACAAAUUCGGAAGACAACCUGAUUGCAUUAGGGCUCGAACAGUUCGCACCGAUAGUCGCCGCUCAAAAAGGAAGCUUCACCUUAAAAGGCGAACUAAGGUGGAGGGACGUUUGCGUUUACAUUCACGAUUACAUGAUGCCGUACAGAGAUGUUAGCACGAUAAAAAACCAUAUCGACAAGCUCAAAUCCUACAAAUGUGCCGAUAAUCCGAUCAGGUACUAUUUCGAAAGGAAAAAAGCACCGACUACCGUGCAUUAUGUUAUCGAUUUGAAUCAUAUGGAAAUCGUGCCGCCUUGUAGAAGAGUACCUGCAGAAUUACCUUAUCAGUGGAAAAACUACAUUCACCCUAAUUAUACAUCUAAUUUUCAGAGUACAAUUGCAACUUCAGCCGCAUCUACACAUCAACAAACAAUUCUCAACUGUCACAUAACAACAAUAACACCUCCUAGAGGUAUUUUACCUAAUGCUACUAGUUUUUUCAUAACCGCAAGCACUCCUAUACAAUCAAAUCAGAGAGUCCGUAAGAGAAGACAGUUAUAUAAAAAACCUAAAAAAAUCUUGAACAACAAGAGCCUUGAGCAGAAGGUAGAUCCUCUAACCAAGUUUGUCAAGUGCUUGAGUCAGCCAUCAUCAGUUAGAAAAUUGUUGGGCUUAUUCAUGGCUGAUGAUAAAGAAAAAAGCCUGGAAGUCAGCAGUGAGACAAAAAAGCUUCAAGAACCCCUCCAAACUCCUGAACAAACACCUAAACCGGACAACCAUGUUGGUUGUGCCCCCCAACAGGAAUCUGUGAUAGAUAAUGGUCUGUUGCCCAGCAUGCCAUUUUUAGCUACACCUGACAAAACUAUCACAGAUGAAAAGAACCAAAGUGAAGCAGCUGAGUGUUCUAUAAAUAUCAGUCAAAAUGAAGAGACUGUCGUUACCAGCAAAGAAGAAUUGGAGAAGGAUAAUUUAGAAGAUAUACAAACAUUGAUGGCUGCCAGUUCAAAUAUCAAAGCUGCUAGAAAAGAACCGUCAGGUGCCGAGAAAAAGAGAGCAAAAAUCAGAAGAGAAUUUGUCGCUAAUUUGGCUAUAGCAGCACCUGAAGAUCCCGAGGUUGAAAAACAAAAGGACGAAAUGUUUGCGUUAGCAUAUUAUGACAAAAUGCGGGAAGCGUUGGAACUGGAUGACUAUCACAAAAUAAUGCAGAUCCUGAACGAACAUGAAGCUGACGCAGUCGAUCUGUAUUACAAGGUUAUCAAGAUUCUCAGACCAAAGUAUGAUGAAUUAGCUGAAGAAUUUUUAUUGUUUUUGCGAGAAAAAGAAGCAGCCGCUGUAAACGAACUGGUGCCAUGGAUCAGAAUGCAAAAUCGAUCGAAAUUUCUGAGGAAGCUCGAGACAUAUUUCAAAGAUCAACCAGCAAAACUGAAGAAAAUCUAUUCGCUGUUAGUGGAGCUUUCAAGCACUGCUGAUGUCUCAAUGGAAGUGGUGAAGGAAAAGCUAAUGCCUUUUUUCAAAGGAAACGCUAUCCUGAGCGAUUUGUUUUUGCAAAAUUUCCUCAGCGAGAAACCUCCUGCAAGCCUCUUGGAAGGGCCAUACGAAACAAUAGAUAUCAAUAGAGAAAUCGAAAAAACGGAUAGUGGAGAACUAUAUGAAGUCAUCAAUUUACCUGAGGUCGAAGAUAAGUAUGGCUGUUCGUCUUGCAUUUGCAACUGCCAUGAAAUUGAAGAUCCUGAGUUCAAAACCAGAUACAGGCACUGCAUAAAAUGCGGCACUAAGUUUAUAAAUGGAAGAGUGUUUAUACAAUCUGGGAGAGGCCUGAGACCUGCCACAGUCUCGUUUCCUAUGAAUCCCGACAAAGACCAUAACAUCAGACUGUUGGGCGAACCCUCGAGUACCGUUCAUAAAAAGCGCUAUGACUUGAGUCCUUCAAAACAGACCAUGGGGUCGCCGACCAAGGAAAAUGCUGAAGAGGAAACAGAUGACGAAAAGGAAGGCAAGAAAUCUAAAAAAGUACAAAGGAAGAGAAGGCAACCUGUUAAAAGCUCUAACAGUAGGAAAUAUCUACAGAAAUUGAACAGUGACUUGAAGAAGCAGUUCGAGGCGAGGUCUGAUAGUGUUAGUUCAACAAGGAAAGAGUAUCGACAGAGUCGGAAAAGGCCAUUAAAGUCCAAGAAACUGACGGCGAAGAAGAAUAUAGAAAAAGACGAAGAUGAAAGCGAAGAUAAACUGGCUUCGAAACCUGGCGCCGCUCCUGGCCAAGAAAAGAGAUUUGCUGAAAUCUCUGACAAUGAGGAUGCACAGACUCCGGAAGAGUUGCCUUGUGAUCUAAAGCCCGCUAGUCCUGAGCUGAAUACGGCUGAAUCAGAAAGUGAAUUUUGUGAAGAAUCUUCUCAAGACAACUGCGAAUCUGACAGCAAUUCAAGCACUAGUUCCCUGUCACAAAGUGACAGUAAUGCAGAAGAAAUUUGUUGGAAGAGAGAAGAGGACAAGAUCAUCUUGGAGACCUUCCAGAAAGAAAACGAUAAGGAGGUUGCAUUUAAAUCAAUAUCUCAUCAAAUAAGAAAUAGGAGUAAGUCUCAGAUUAGGAAGAGAUUUGAUACGCUUAUGAAAAUAUUGAUUGAAACUAUAGGACAGAGAUAAUUGUUUUUAUAAGAAUUUAUAUGUUAGGUUCUACAAAAUGCUAUAUUUGAGCUGAGAUCACACCAGAGGUGGUAGGCUUAGCAGCAAGAGACAAGCUGGAUGCUAAUAUACCAUUGAACGUAUUUCUCUUAUCUCGCCCACACAAAAACGGUCCAGUUGAUCUAUGAUCAGAAUCAAUAACUUAUCAAAAAGAAAGUGCAUAUCACGCAGUUGGGAGCUCCGAGCAUUGCAUUUACCUCAGAAAAGCAACGUCUGUUUUGUGUUGCGUUAUAAGCAUUAUAUAAAGGGAAUCACGGUUAAAGUCCAAAGGCUGCAGUCUCUUUAAUUAGAACUAUUGACAAUGACUGAAUUCUGAGUUGCUGAGUUUGAUCCACCAAGAGGAAAGAAGAUUUUGAACUGAAAAUUUUCUAUAUCGCAUAUUUUCAAGGACAACAUCAAAUAUUUUUUUAUUUUUAUAAUACCUUCUUUCACUAGACUCUAGAUAUCCCAACAUGCCACCUCGGCGUCUAAUGUGUUAUCCUGCCACUAAACGUACCACCUCAGAACCAUGAUCAGCAAUGACUGCUGUCAGAUUGCGAAUUUUUACGUAACCUGAAGUUUUCUGCACUGUUAUAUUUUAUAAUUAUUUAGUGACCAAAGCUUCAUUUUGUAAUUUAAUAUUGUAAGACCAUUUUCUGUGAUUUAUGAAUCACCUAAUUUCUGUUUAUAUAUCAUCUAUUGUAUAUAAAUUUGAACUCGCGUUGAAGG